UUGUGCUUUAAAAAAAGUGCUAGGGUGGGGGGAGGGACUCUCCCAGAAAGAGGAUAGGAGGGGCUAACUGAGAUCUGGUGCAACUGACUGAUACUAUAGUCCCAUUUGCUUGUGGACACUUCCCCUCCCUGGUGUGAUCUUGCUGUGAAUAUGUUCCUCAUUGUCGUCCUGUUGUCUACUGGGCUCUGGAUCGUCUCCCUUGGCCUGCGUGGUCACUAUGUGUUUCUCAACCAGCCAAAGACAUGGAAUGAAGCCCAGAGCUACUGCAGAGAGAAGCACGCAGACCUGGCCACCAUCGAGAACACAGAGGACGUGCGGAGGAUGACUGACGUUGUUGAUGGCAACUUCGACGGCUCCGCUUGGAUUGGAUUACAUGGCGACUCCAAAAGUUGGAGGUGGUCUUUGGAGCACAGCGAUUUGUAUGGAAAGGGAGCGAGUGUGUUUAGGGGCUGGUGGGAUCAGCCUGAUAACACUGAAGGGAGAGAGCUCUGUGUAUAUAUCAGCAUGGGAAAAUGGAACGACUUUCGAUGUGAUUAUAGUUUAAUGGCUGUUUGCUACGAUGAAAGAGGCAACAAUACAGAGAAAUAUGUUCUCCUAAAAACAUACAUGACCUGGACUGAAGCUCGAGAGUACUGCCGAGAACACCACACAGACCUGGCCAGUGUGAAGAACGACACGGAGAACCACAUCAUCAGCCGCAUUGUCGGAGACGAUGCCGCAUGGAUCGGCCUGCAUAGAACUGCAUGGUCCGACAUGAGCCGAAGCUCUUUCACGUUCUGGGCCGAAAUAAUAGAUGAUUCGAGGACAUAUCGCCAACAGAACUGUGUGGUGGUGUGGUACAGAAGCUCCGGGGGAUGGACUUGGGAAACAUGUGACAGAGCGCUUCCCUUUAUAUGCUACAGUGGCACAUCCCCCCGUAUGUAUCAUCUGGAGGGUGACCGUAAGUCAUGGCUGGAUGCACAGAAACACUGCAGAGAGAAAUACACUGAUCUGGCCACAGUUGACAACACCGAGGACAUGGACAGGCUGAUGCACAUGACCAGUGGCAGCUACGAUGGCUUCGCGUGGAUUGGCAUGUACGACGACCUGUUCAGAAGCUGGAGAUGGUCUCUUGAAGAUGAGGUCAUCCAGGGAGCGGGAGAGUACAGGAACUGGGACAGUGCCCAAGAUAAUACAGGCCAAGGGGAACACUGUGUAGCCACUGUUUAUGGAGCCUGGCUGGCGUUUUCAUGCAAAACCUUGAUUAGGUUUAUUUGCUAUGACGAUAAGAAUGGGACUCAGAGCUAUGUCCUCAGUGACCAGACUGCCACCUGGAGCGAUGCUCAGAGCUACUGCAGACAGCACCACACAGACCUGGCCAGUGUACGGAGCUCCACUGACAACCAGAUGAUUGCCCACCGAGCCGGUUCUGAGAUUGUAUGGAUUGGCCUGUACAGGGGGAGAGCCUGGUCUGACCAAAGCAACUCAUCUUUCAGACACUGGAAGUCAGGACAACCGGAUUAUGCCGGCGGGAAUCAGAACUGUGUAGCUGCAUCACUAGCCGACUCAGGAAAGUGGACUGACCAUAACUGCCUUGAUGUCUUACCAUUUUUCUGCUACAGCGUGGCUGAAUGUAGCUCAAACCCUUCCCCUUGGCUUUCAGCUGGCAACUCUUACCAUGGUGUUUGUACUUCUGAUCUACAGAGCUGCGAGGAGACAUUGCGGCUAUGAAAGAAUACCAUCCACGUAGGCAGAUUUUAUUGUGAACAAAAUUAAAGACAUAUUGGCCAGCGUGAC